GCUGUGAUCGUUCCAUACACGAGUAGCAACCCGGAAGUGUCGUCAAUAUGCAAAUUCCGCAAUCAAACUCUCCAGCGCUUAGGACCUGUGGACCAUGAGAAACUAAGCUUAUCGAUUCGUCGCCGCCAAGGGACGCUGCUGACAUUGUAACCGCUAACAUUGUAACGCGCGGUAACGGCUGUUUAAUAACAGUUGGGCUUCGGAGUCAGAGGCUACACAUACCGCGCCUGAGCCGCUGUGUACCAGCAUCGAGAUGAGCAGUGGACGAGACAUCGAAGCGGACAGAAGUGUGGCUAACGUCAGCUAAGUGCAGCAGUGUCCUGAUGUGAAUGUCGUCGCUUUUGCAAAAUGAAAGGUCGACCGGCGGUUUUGGAGCAGCACGUUCGAGGAUGAUGGCCAAGGGAUAACAUUCGAUAGGUCACAUCCCCUCAUCCAAAGUCACCCAAUUGUUCCCCCUUCCUUUUUUUGUACAUCAUUUAAUAGACUUGAUGCAUUCCACUGUACUCUUGUGUACAUUAAAGAGAGUCCACUUCACCUGUGGGCAUCCUCAUCAACAAAUUUGGUAUGCUGUGACCAAGUCAACUCCGUCAACUUCCUGCAACAAAGCUUUACACUUGGGACUGAUGAUUUUUUGUCUGGCGCUCGUACCUGGUCCCUAUCUUUAUCGUGUUCCUCAACUAGGGAUGUAAUGAUACGAAAAUGUCAUAUCAUGGUUAUUGUGACCAAAAUUACCACAGUUAUUAUUAUCACGGUAUUGUUAAAUGUUUUUAAAAAGUACUUUUUAAACACACUGAAAUCUUUUAACCAAUUUAAAGAAUUUAAAAUAAAAUAGACAGAUACAAAAUAUACUUUUUUUGGCAGACUAUACUGAAAUAUUAUCCUGGCUUCUCAAGAGCCAUAUUGUGUGAAUUCAGUGUUUAAAUAUGUUUAUCUUCAGUUUUAAUUUUAAAGGUUUUUGAAUGUUUUCUCUGCGCCAUAUUCCUCCGACUAUAGAUCAAUAACUGUGCUAAAAGAGCUUAGCCUUUUUGUUUUAUGUGCACAGUUGAAUAGCUUAGUUGCUCAGACAACAAUGUGUUUAUACCAUUUUUAGAUUGGGGUAUGUCGUUUUUUAAAUCAGAAUCAGAAUCACAAUCAGAAAUACUUUAAUAAUCCCCCAGGGGAAAUUAACAUUUUCAGCACAAUCCCAUUCACGAGCAGACAAACAUUACAGGGAGACAGAACAGGAUCGCUGACGGGUCUGCCAACUUCCGGCGCCCCUUACAAAAAAAGAGGGAAAAACAAUGUAUUUUGUGUUCAUGUUAGCAUUCAAGCUAGCUAGUAAGUCCAUGAGUUUUUCAGAGUGUGGCUAUCUAUACGGUUUUAUGAUAUUUUUUAAUUUAAAACAGUGAUACUAGCCGUCUGGCGUUUUAACGCAGUUUAUCAAUAAUACAGUUUAUCAUUGCAUCCCUAUCCUCAACUUACUCCUUCUUUGUGUCCUUGGGCCAUGGUUCGAAAGAAAGGUUCCCUUAUACUAUGUGGUGCUUUUCUGUUUGUUGCGUGGAAUGCUUUGCUGCUUCUUUACCUUUGGGGUCGCCCUCCGAUUGGCCGCCUUGGUGAAGGUGGUGGUGCUGAACCAGGAGGAAAUGAGGAGUGGGGUGUAAUUGGAGGGAAAGGAAGCCGAGGCAACCUAGCAGGGGAGGUAUUCCGCCUGGCAGAGGAAGUGGAAAUUCAGCUUGAGACCCAGAAAAAGCUGCUAAAGCAGAUUGAAAGUCACAGAUUUGCCUGGUCUAAGUGGAACGAUGUUGGAAAAAGAAAAAUGGAUGUUAGUGAACAAGUCAAAUUGGAAACUAUUCACCAGCCACCAAAGCCUCUGAUUCCUGUGAAAGAGAAAGUGGAUACCAAGGAACAAACUCUUAAGAAGCCUUUUACUUCAGUAAUCCCAGAUUCUCAUCACCAGUCGAAUGUAUUAAAGGCAGUCAGCCUUGGAAAUGGAUUUACAACUUCUCUUGCAAGCCCAGAAGUUAUCAUUCCUAUCUUAGUUAUUGCUUGUGACAGAGUUACAGUAAAACGAAGUCUUGACAGACUUAUUCAGUACCGUCCUUCUCCAGAACUCUACCCUAUUAUUGUCAGCCAGGACUGUGGCCAUGCUGAAACAGCGAGUGUAAUUGGUUCAUAUGGGAAUCAGCUGACACACAUAAGCCAGCCAGACCUCACAGACAUCCGAGUACGACCGGAGCACAGAAAAUUCCAGGGCUACUACAAAAUUGCCAGACAUUACCGCUGGGCACUCAACCAAGUGUUCAACACGUUUUCCCAGUCCACUGUGGUUAUAGUGGAGGACGAUUUAGAGGUGGCUCCUGAUUUCUUUGAGUACUUCAGAGCUCUCUACCCAAUCCUGCGUGCAGACCCAACCCUGUGGUGUGUAUCUGCCUGGAAUGAUAACGGCAGAGACGCCUUGGUGGAUCCAUCCAAAGCUCAUCUUCUCCAUAGGACAGAUUUUUUCCCCGGUCUGGGCUGGAUGCUGCUUAAAGAGUUGUGGGAUGAAUUAGAACCUAAAUGGCCUUCUGCUUUCUGGGAUGACUGGAUGCGUCAGCCAGUGCAGCGCAAGGACCGUUCCUGCAUUCGACCAGAAAUCUCACGAACUAUCACAUUUGGCCGGAAAGGUGUCAGUUUAGGUCAAUUCUUUGACCAGUACCUUCGCUAUGUGAGACUUAACACUGAAUUUGUGCCUUUUACCAAACAAGAUUUGUCUUAUUUGCUUAAAGAACAGUAUGAUGAAAAGUUUAUCAAAGAGGUUUACGAUGCCCCACUGGUGAAGAUAGAGGAACUGCAACAUGGAGGAAUUUUAAGAGGACCAGGCUCCUACAGAGUGAAGUAUUCAAGCAGGGACAUUUUUAAAGUUCUUGCCCGAAAUCUGGGGGUAAUGGAUGACUUAAAAUCUGGAGUCCCACGGACAGGCUAUAGAGGUGUCGUCCGUUUUCUCUACCGAGGUCGAAGGGUGUUCUUGGCACCAGAAGAAGGUUGGACGCAAUAUAAUGUUAGUUGGAGAUGAUUAAAACUGUUUGGUAAAAACAUUGUUGAUGGUAAGAAUCCUACUCCGAGCAUCCCAUUUGAGACCAAACAGCUUUACAGUGAUUCGACGAGUAAUUACAACUGCACUCCAGUGGGUCUGUGACAAUGAGCUAGCCUGAAAGCCAAGAAGUUUUUCAAAUUAAGUGCUCACUUAGGAUCAGCGAGCACGGAAGACACCUUAGAGUUCAUAGAGAUCAAACUUUCCUGAAAGGAAAAUUCCACAUUUGAACACUACAUAAACCACUUUAGGCAAAGUGCCUUGCUUUCCAGUCCAAUCUGGGUUGGCGUAUUAUUGUGUUUCAUUUAAUUAACUGGACAAUAAUGUUUAGCAAGAGAAAGCAAUUUGGAUUUAGUGUCACGUUUCAGUGUCUGUGAUGAUAAACUGAACGCCAAGAAUCAGAAGUUAUUUUGACAACUCUUGUGAAGUGCACAUUUGAAACCGAAGAGUCAAAUUCAAGUUUCCCAAUUCCGCAAAUGAAAGCUUUAGAACUAAUCCAGCUACAGCUUUUUAACUCUUCAGUCAUUAUCUUGACAUUAUUUGGUAUAUUUUAUGAGUUCAAAUGAUGAUUGGAUAAUGCAGAGGGAAAGCACCUGUUAGUCACCCAUCAUCUUACAUCACUGUGCUGACCUUUUAUUCACAGAGCUUUGCAACUCAAGAUAUCGCAAGGUAACACCACAGAAAUGAAGAAUAAUUUAGUUUAAUGCUUGGGUACAAAAAAGUGGUCCAGAAUUAGUGUGCUAACCGUAUUACCUUCCCCAGAUUACAAUUUGGUAGACAAAAUUGGUCAUGACUUUAACGCCAUGUUUUCAUUAAGCGAUUCCGUUCAGUGAGCCCUGGUACCAUCCAGAAUAUUAAAUCCUGAUCUAGCUGGGAUUUUUACAAAUAUCAGUACAUCAGUACAUCAAAUGCCAAUAUUGCCACUGUCAAUGACAUUUACAACAUUGUAAGGAUGAAAAUGUUUAGUGUCACUAAUGUUGCUGGAUAAUUGUGAAACAUUAAGCAACAUGUUUAACAUACAUUAAGGACUGAUUUCCCCCACCCCCCGUUUAAAACAUAUAUUUGCCACUGGGCUUUUUAAUGCACCACAUUUUUAUGGUCAGUGGUACUUCAUAACAAGUUAAAGUGGUCGUGUGAUGCAGCUUGAACUUUGGAAAACUUAGCGUAGCAUAGCGUAACUGUUUUGCCCAUUGAAAUGAAUUAAAAUCAAUUUAAUCUGUGCUUGGCUGCCUCAAUACACCACAAUUUUAACAUGUAAAAUGUCUUUUAAAAACAAAACACCUUGAAGAGGGGAUUUCUACGGUAUCUCCUGAGAGCUGCUUCUCCGUCAAACACACACUCAGCAGCUUCUCUAUAUUUUCAUGGAUACAUGUUUGCUAUUUAGAUAUUUUAACAUCAUUGGCUGGGUUUUUUUUAAUCCUACUGCAUCUGUAUGGUGCAGAUUAACUGUGCUGCGCUGCAACGGCUUCGCCGAUUCGGCACACACAUGUUUUUUGAUGAUUUCUUAAAUUGAAUGAAUAUCAUCCAUUUCUUCUCACCAAUGUCCUUCACACUAUCUCUCUUCCGUUUUUGGAAAAGCAAAGUUUUGUCAAUAUCUAGCUAUAAGCUAAUGCUAGCUAGCUAAUGUUUUGGUCGGAUCAUACGGGGGUUCACCGUGACAUUCGCUAUGCCAACUAUAGUCGGAUAGACUCAUAACCUGAAAUUUAACAAAGCGUGACAAUUAGCCGAGAGACAGCUCGAUUCUCAAAAAUACUCCAACUGGGGCACUAAUAUAGCGAGAUACCAAUGUGAAGUGAAGUGAAGUGAAUUAUAUUUAUAUAGCGCUUUUCUCUAGUGACUCAAAGCGCUUUACAUAGUGAAAACCCAAUAUCUAAGUUACAUUUAAACCAGUGUGGGUGGCACUGAGAGCAGGUGGGUGAAGUGUCUUGCCCAAGGACACAACGGCAGUGACUAGGAUGGCGGAAGCGGGAAUCGAACCUGCAACCCUCAGGUUGAUGGCACGGCCACUCUACCAACCGAGCUAUACCGCCCUGUACUUUGAAUAAUACAGUGUGCUAUUUCAUUCAAUUUAAAGUAAUCAAAACUGCAAUUUUAUUGAGUUGCUUAUGUUUUACUAAUGGGACAAAUGUGCCACGUCAGGAUUUCCAUUGCAAUUUUGAGGCAGAAAGUUGACAUUUUUUUAGCUUCAAGAAAUAUGAUGAAACAAAUUGUAAUAUUUGGCACCUUUUUAUAGCAUUGUAAUUGUUAAAUGAAUUGUUGAGGUACGCUUUGAUGGCAAAGAUAUAGACUUGUUUAAGUCAAAUCAAAGUUGUACAGAAGGCCCUUUCUUUCACCAUGGAUUCUUCUGGAUUACCGGUAAUUAUUAUCAAUAUGCUUAAUGUGUAAAAUAAACCCAAAAUGAUUCUAUUAAUAUUUUACUCAUCUUGUUCUAUUCUAUUUUUUGACUUGGUUUAUUUUAUUUUAUUGGCUUAUGUUAAUGUAGCAUCAUUGCACCAUAAUAAAUCCUAUUAUGUAAAACCCUUUGGCUGACAAUGGUAAUAUAAAUCUAAAAACUACAAGACUACACAUGUACCAAACUGUACUGCAUUGUAAAAACAUGGUUCAAGAAAAAAUCCACACUUGAUGACAAUAGUGCUUGUGUAAAUGUAUGCAGAAGUCUACAGUCUAUAGUCUGAGUACUGCUUAGUUGUAGAGGCUGAGUGUUUGCUUGAACUGAGCGCUGCUGUCAAGUGUGUGUGUGUAACUGUGUAUAUAUACAUGUGUGUACUAUGUACAGUACAGGCCAAAAGUUUUGACACACCUCAUUUCAA